UCAACACAAGGGACUGGCUUUAUUCACUUCCAUAGAGGACUGAAAUACAUCAGACGUGUUGUUGAGAGGGGCAGCUGUAAGGUAACAACAACGUAAUUGUGGUGAUCAAUCUCAAGAUAAAAAAUCUUGUGGAACCAAACUGAAAUCAAGGAGCAGCUGAACAUCAGGAUUCUGAUCCCUUAGGCAGUCAUGGAGCAGUCUGAGAACCAAAAGCAUGGAAAUAUGGACCACAAGGCUCAAGAACAGGCUUCAAGAGAACCUAAUGGAGAUUUUGUAAUAAUAUCAAACAGAGAAUUGGAGGUUGAUAAAAGUAAGGACGGCUGGGUCUUGGUGAAUGCCGGAUCCUCGGAAUCGACAUGCCGUAAGGUUGUUGGGAUCUUUUCAAGGUCGUCAAGAACUGAUUACAAUUGGUUGACAACACACCUGAAAUCCGAGGCUUUUCAGAAUCUAGUGGAGGAUGUCAAACCCUUUUUUAUCUCUAACAGCAAUGGCAAGGAGUUCCGAAAUACAGUUGCUGAGUGUAACUUCGGUAUUUUGUAUCACACCAAGAAACGCGGCAGAGUCAAUGUGACUGAUGUUACAGACUCUUUGUAUGAUUAUGAGUUGAACUAUAUGUCUGAUAUUCUGGGAAAAAGAAACGUUAUUGUGGUUAUAGAUGAUCUGCAGGAGAGUAGCGCCGCAGAGAAAAACAGGAUCCUGAAGAGUCAGACCAGCAUCGGGGAACUGGCUGCAGAUAUCAUCCUGUUCACGGAUAAGGAGAGGGACCCUAAUUACAGGGAACCAUUACCAACCCCAGAAGAUAAAGAGGGUUUGCAAAAAAAGUUGCUGAUACUUAAAGAGUUGUUAGAAAAGGAGUCUGGGGAGGAGGCAGCACAGGAAACACAGCCUCAUGCAUCUCCCCGGGAUGAGAGUGGUGGGGAGGAAUUUCCACUUUGGAGGGAAGAGGCCCCCCGUGACGAAGAGCGCACGGGAGAUGAUGAAGAGGCCCCGGAAGCACAGGAGGAUCCCGCGGAACCCGAGGCCCCUCAAGGACCCGCACACCGCCGUGCACGGGCACCCCGCCGUGCACGGGUACAACAACAAGCACAACAAGAGGAAAUAGCGAAGGUUGCGGGUUCUACUGGACUACAUAGACCAGAUGCGUACCUCCCGGAUACAAAAUAUCGAAGGACGCAAUAGAAUACUUGAUGGCCAAAACCAAAUCGUCACCAUACUCAAUCGAAUCGAAGAAGGACAAAACAGAAUAUUUCAGCUUCACCAAGAAAUGUUUACUUUUUUCCGGGAGGCGCAUGCUGGUCUACCUCCUGGUCCGCCUCUUGCUGCUGGGCCUCUUGCUGCUGGGCCUCUUGCUGCUGGGCCAUCUCCUCCUGCCGGGCCAUCUUCUCCUCCUGCCGGGCCAUCUACUCCUCCUGCCGGGCCAUCUACUCCUCCUCAGCCAUCUUCUCCUCCUCAGCCAUCUUCUCCUCCUCACCUUGGUCGUCCCAGUACUCUUCCUUCCACUCUUCCCACAACAGCUCCAAGGAGAACUCUUCGGAGUCGGCAGUUGCCUCUCCCAGAGCCUCAGCACCGUGGGAAGAGGGGAAGGAAGAGGAAGUAAGUAUUUGUUUUCAUCUUUACUGGGUUUUUUAAUUUAAUGUGUAAUGGAUAGGUAUGUGAUGAUGUGGUUUUCAUACACUUGUGGACCACACUCUGUAUAUAAUCGACUUCUAUGGGACCGGGUCCAUGGAGGCAGAUUGUUUGCAGAGUGUGGGUUAUAAGUGUGUGAAAACCACAUCAUCACAUACCUAUCCUUGUUCAUGAUAUUGAUUGGUUUCUGUGAUGUGAUGUCCAAACUGUUUCCCGAAUCGCAAACAAAAUUACCAUUACAAUUAUCCAUGAUGGCAUAUUAAUGUUUGAAUGCCAAUAACACAGCUUAAAGGGACAGUCAGAAAAUUAUUGAUUACAAAGAAAACACUGUAUUACGCAUUAUCAAGUUGGAAACAACAAAACAUGGAGAAAUACGUGUGAUUUAUGUGCUUACCUUUGGAUCUAUGACUAUGAAAAAUGAACAAUUAUUUGUUGUUCAGACAUAACAACAUUUGAGAUAUCAAAGAUCAAUACAUGGUCAAUAAUAUGCUGUAUGAGCACAAGGUUUUACAUAUACAAAUGCUAUCCAAAUGCCCUCUAGUGCUCAAAUUGUAUAAUGAUUACAAGCACUCUUCAAGAUCGAAGAAAUGAGCACACGAACCUCAUAGGUUUAGCUAGCAAAUUUAAAUAAACACAGACAAAUGAUCAAUUGUUGAGAAACAUUUGAUAUCAUUGAUAUUACAUAAUUGACUUUUAGAAUAAUGAAAAACAUUAUUUGUUUUCUAAACUGUCCCUUUAACAAAAUUACAUAUGCUAACACAUAUUUGAAGCUUGUUGGUAUAUCUACAUGUACUUGUUCAAAAAAUAAAUAUUGAAAUCACAUUUAUAUUGACGUGUUAAAUAAAGUCUAUUUUCUUAAAGAGA